UUUCAUUGGUCGCGUUUUUGUCAAGUUCAAUUCUCGAGUUUAACCUCAAAUUUUGGAUUUUUGAUAAACGUGGACUGUUUUGAAUGGACAACUAAUAAAAAAACGUCAGAUCUAACACCGAAUUGCCAGAAUAAUCAACGGCAAGAAUGAAAGACGAACCGUUAUAAAUCAAACCAUAGGGAUUUAUUGAAAUAAAAAACCAGUUAUGACAUCAGCCCUGAAUCACCUGAAGCUCAGAAGAAAGACAAAAAUAAGAUGAUUCUCCCACACCUCCUGGUGUUCACCUGCGCCGUGACGCUCUCUUCAUCGCAUUCCUACCAGAAAAAGGACCUGGUGCACCUGAAAACGGAAGUAAAAUCGAUGUUCGAUCACGCGUACUCGAGUUACCUGCGAUACGCCUAUCCCUUCGAUGAAUUGCGUUCCCUGAGCUGCGACGGUUUCGACACCUGGGGUAGCUUCUCCCUGACGCUGAUAGACGCCCUGGACACCCUAGCGGUUAUGGGUAAUUUCACAGAAUUCCGUCGAGUCGCCGAGAUAAUCUCCUCGAGGAAGAACUUCGAGGCGAACAUAAAUGUCUCAGUCUUCGAGACGAAUAUCCGAGUAGUUGGUGGUCUCCUGUCAGCUCACUUGCUCUCGAGGAAGGCUGGAGUGAAGCUGGAACCAGGAUGGCCCUGCAAUGGUCCUCUUCUUCGUCUUGCUGAGGACAUGGCAAGACGACUGCUUCCAGCCUUCGACACCCCGACAGGAAUGCCCUAUGGCACUGUAAAUCUCAAGUAUGGAGUACCUGAGGGAGAGACUCCCAUCACCUGCACCGCAGGCAUUGGCACGUUUGUCCUGGAAUUUGGCACUCUGUCUCGGUUGACUGGGGAUCCCAUCUACGAGGAAGUCGCUAUGAAUGCGGUCAAGGCCCUCCACUUCCACAGAUCGAAGAUUGGACUAGUUGGAAAUCACGUGGACGUGGUGACAGGCCACUGGACAGCCACAGACUCUGGAAUUGGUGCUGGUGUUGACUCCUACUUCGAGUACCUGGCAAAGGGAACUCUUCUCCUCCAAGAGCCCUUCCUCGGGAACAUGUUCCAUGAAUUCAGAAGAGCCAUUGAGACGUACGUGAGAAAAGGGGACUGGCACCUGUGGGUCUCCAUGAACGAGGGACAGGUGACACUUCCCGUCUUUCAAUCACUCGAUGCAUAUUGGCCUGGAGUUCUCAGUCUCUUCGGAGAGAUCGACGACGCCAUGAAAUCACUGCAUAAUUAUCACAAAGUGUGGAAGCAGUUUGGAUUUACACCGGAGUUUUAUAAUAUUGUUCAGGGCGAGGCUGGAACCAACAGGGAGAGCUAUCCACUGAGGCCUGAGCUCAUCGAGUCCGUUAUGUAUUUGUACCGAGCAACGAAGGAUCCGUUUUUGAUUCAGUUUGGGGUUGAUAUUCUCAGGAGUCUCCAACACAGUGCCAAGACGUCAUGUGGUUACGCCACGAUAAAUGACGUGAGGGAUCACAAAAAAGCUGACAGGAUGGAGUCAUUUUUUCUCGCUGAAACGACGAAGUAUCUUUAUUUGUUAUUUGACACUGACAAUUUUAUCCACAAUAAUGGGCAGGUGGGUGAGGUGGUGAGGACACAGUGGGGCCAGUGUGUGGUGGACGCUGGAGGAUACGUCUUCAACACGGAGGCCCAUCCAAUCGAUCCUGGAGCCCUGAGCUGCUGCAGGCCAGUCCAAAGUCUCUUCAACGACAGGAAAUCAGUGAUGGGGAGAUUCGUCUCUGCUACUCUCCAGGAUGACGAUUCCCAGGAGAACACUGUGGAGAUUGAUAGAUUGAUCGAUAUCAAAUUGAAGGAGGAGGAGGAGAAGAGGAGAGUCCAGGUGGUUAUUGAUGAGGAAAAUCCUGGGGAGAAUGCGACUAGUGAUGUCGAGGGGUCUGCGGUCGUUGUGGAGACCGAGGAUGAGACCGGAGGUGAUGCUGAGUCUGAAUCUAAGGAGCAGGCCAGGGGUCCGGACCCUCGAAACUCAACGAAAACUUCACAAUUUGAGGAGCUCCUGAGGAAACCUUUCGUCCCUCAGGCUCUCCUCGAAAAAAUUCGAAGGCUCAAUCUCUACCCCAGGAAUUCAACUCUCGCUGGGGAUUAUCAGGUCAUCACCUGCUCUGCUCAACCUUUCUUACAGAGAAUUUCAAUUGUUGGAGAAUUCUUCUGAUUAAUGCAUUUAACAUUCGUAUCUUUUUGGGACUUUUAUCGAGAAUUUAUUUGUGGAGGCUGUGAUCUUGAAGCCAGAAAUUCCAAACGGAAAUUAGAUUUAAUUCAUAUGGUCCGAGGAAUCUGUUGGAAUUAUUUAUUUAAUGUACCCUUUGUGCAUUUUCAUUCGUCCUGGGGUCAGAGUGAAAAUCCUGCGACAUUUUUCAUGACUUCAUGACUUUAAUUCAAAACAUUCAUUAACGCCACAUGACAUGAAGUUUAAAAAAAUGUUACUGUCCGAUAAAACGACAUAUCAGUGGAAA